UCAGGUUUCCACGACUACCAACGGCACGACCUCCAUUCUAUUGCGCUCAACCAUUUACACCGGCGGUAUCCAGUCGCAGCGCUGCACACUUCUCCCUGCCUCGCCUCGAUACUCAGUCUAUCCGGCUAGCCUUGAGCUCGGUGGGUAUCCCGCGACCUUUCUGCCGUUUGCUGUCCCGAGCCUCAUCUCGUCACUGCGGUGGCCGAGUCAGGGCCAGAUGAGACUGGACGGCAUGGCGUCAUAGACUGGAGGUUCUCCCAUUUCGGCCCCAGCGGGAAGCUGACUGCUUCUUAUCGUCCUCUUUGGCUACUAGAACCCUCGCCUUCCAGGACCCUUUCCCCCAUCUCCACCUAAACACAAUGUCUGCCAAAGAGGUGGACGUAUCGAGCGGCGCAAGUGACGAGGCAGGAGGCUCAAUGCUCCCGCCAGAGAUCAUCGAUAUGGACACGUUCGGGCAAUUGCUCGAGAUGGACGAUGAGGAUGACCACGAGUUCUCCAAGGAGAUUGUAUGGAACUUCUUCGAUCAAGCCAACACAACCUUCGAUAAGAUGGAUCAGGCGCUCAAGGAUGAGGACCUCGCCGAGCUGUCAACCCUCGGCCACUUCCUCAAGGGCUCCUCAGCGGCCGUAGGCGUCAUCAGGGUCAGAGAUGGGUGUGAGGCGAUGCAGCAUUUGGGCAAGCUCCACGACGAGGCGGGCGUGAUGGACAUCACAAAGGAGGAGGCACUAGAGAAGGUGCAAAAGACUCUCAAAGACGUCAAGACCAACUACUCCAAGGCGGAGGUUGCGUUGAGGCAAUUCUACGGCGGCGGGGAUGGAGAGGAGGGUGGCGAUGAGAAGUAAGAUCCGAAUGCCAGAACACAAAUGGCAAAGUAGAGCGCCCCGAACGCGGCGAUAAUGGAACUCGGAUGGGUGUUGAAGGAGGAAGAUGAAGACGACAGAUGGGGCUAAAGAGGCUCCGAGGCAAUAGCGAAUGUUCCCGGAGGGCGGUCGUGGAGGCUGGGCGAUGGGUAGAGGGCCGAUCCGAUCUUUCUCUUGAAGGCGCCAUACACCCGCUGCUGCGCUCCACUACCCUGCUUGCUGCUCGAAUCAUUAGAGGCGACCGCUCUUACGAUAUUUGAGUUUGGUCUGGCCUUGAGACUGGCGUCAGUCAC